AUGGUGAUAAAGAUCAUUAUGUACCCCCCUCAUGAACUUCCAAAGCCGAAGGAAGAAAAGGCUGACCCUAGAAACUUUUGGACCGAGGAUAUGCUUGCCCGCAUCCUAAAAAAGGUGGAAGGAACGGAUAAGGUUGAAAUUCGAAUUUUGGAGGAGAAGCAAUUUGGGCGAGCUCAUAGCUUACUCACCUUAGGAACAAGUCAAAGACAUUAUGAUGGGAAAAGAAGCGAAAAAGUUGGAAAAGCUAAAGAAAAGAAAGGCUGGAGCUUGCAAAAGCCACUCGGCGACGCGCCGAGUGAGCCUCCAGGUCGCCAAACUUUCCAGCGAAGUAGUCCAUGGAUCAAGCCAAAUCGGCAAAAGAAAAUUUACUUCGGCGACGCGCCGAAUGGAACGACGAUAGCGACUCAGCUCGCCAAAUAUUCUAGAACAUUCUCAGAAGUGGCAUAUCUUGGCUUUCCAUAUUGGUUGGAUAUUUGUGGAAGAAUAGGAACAAACGUAUUGUCACCAAACACAUAUUAUGUUGCUUAUUUGGUGUUCAAAGUGGUAGAUUUGUACCGUAGACUUGAAUCUAUUGAUUCACCUAUUAUGUUAGUUAGUGAUAAGAAUGAAACUGUGACUGAAGAACAAACCAACAUUGUGAGGCUUGCAGCAUUAUUUCCCAAACUGAGAGGAGAUGGUUGGAUGGAAAUAGAAUUGGGAAAUUUUAAUAGCAAGGAAAGUAGUGAUGGCCCUGUUGUAGAUAGAUUGAUUGGGGUUAAACGUGUUGAUUUCAAAAUAAGUGGCCUCAUCAUUGAAGGAAUUGAGUUUCGUCCUAAAAUAAUCGAAUAA